AUGGAAGGUUACGACAAACUCGCGGCCCUGAUGACGGGCGACAAGGGCCUCUCCAUCUUCCGCUCCUUCAAGCGGCUCAACGCCAAGAACCUGCUAUACUUGCAGGCUGAAAUCGCAAUCAAAGAGAAAGAACUGAUUGAAAUUGCCAAGGAGGAUCGGGAGUCCAAGGAUGCAGAUCGUGAGAAGUACUCGUCCUCUGUGCGCUUCAUGAAGGGCUUCGUUGAGGACCAGCCCUCGGAGCAGUGGGAGAAGUGGUUGCAGGUUAGGGAGUUGCUGGAGAAGUAUAAUACGGCUAUCGCACAGCAGGCCCAGCUCCUCCGGUAUAAGCCGCCGCAUAGGCGCGAUCUGAAGAUCUUCCGGCAGUGGCUGUCAGAUAACUCGGUUUGGUCGACGCCGGCAGAAUGCCAGCAGUGGUUUGGUGGGCCUGACGGCGAGAAUGCAAGGGAUCUGGUGACGCUCUCGGGGCGGUACGACAACGUCGACUCGCUGACAAGAUGGGUGUUCCGGGCGUUUGUGCCGUUCUGGCAUAAGCAUGUGCUCGGGUUUUAUUAUUGGCUCGUUGGGUCCAAGAAGACAGGAGACAUUGAGAUGGGCACAGUUUACUAUAACGACGAGAAGAUCGUUCGAUUCACAAGGGUCACUAGCACGAUAACAUCAUCCGUUAUUCCGGCGACAUCGAUGCUAGCGCUAUAUCUCAUCGAGAACAUGAUCCUCCGGUUGAUCAUCAUUAUUGUGUACAAUAUUGGGUUUUCGAUCAUAAUUGGCCUUCUGGCCAAGGCGAGGCGGGUUGAGGUGUUUGCGGCUUCGACGGCGUUUGCUGCUGUACAAGUCGCGUUCAUCACCAAUUUCCCUCGGGACUGA